AUACUUAAUAAGAUUCACAGAGAUAAUAAGCUUGCCUCUACUAUAAUACCAACUUCGACUUAUAAAGAUAAUAGAGAAGUAGUUAAUGCUGAAGUAAUAGAUAACAGCAAAGAUAUAGAAGUUAGUAUUAUGAAAAUAGAAGAAGCAGUUAUACAUAUAGUAAUUAGAGAUAAUAAUUUACAAAAUGAGCUUAGUAGAAUA